GAGACGCUACCAGCGCCAUUUUGCGAUCGCAAUUUAGCUCGAUGUGACUUUUCGAAAAUUAACCUUCACCCAUUUCCCGAAAACAUCAAAACACAAUCCAGUGAAGUUACCAUUGAUUAAAAUGCCGUUUUGUUUAACAAAGAUAGUUGUUUACUGAUAGUUUACGAGCUGUCAAGCUGGUGCGAACCAUUUCACCACAUUGCGGUAGCUUCAAAAUGGAGCAACACACAAAAGAAGAUUCUGAUUCAGCCAAGAAGUUAGUAGACUUUUAUGUAGAUUUAGUUGAAAAUCACAGUACAACUGCGAAGUUUUAUUUAUCGGAAAAUGUAGUCCUUGAUUGGUUUGGUAAAACCAUCAAGGACAAUAAAAAAGUAUCUUUAUUCAUUAAGGAUCAAGUGUGUAAAGUUUCACAUCAAAUUACCAAUUCAUUUCCAUCGGAAAAUGUCGCGUUUAAAGAAACACAUCAUGUCAAAGUGCCAAACAAUGAAGAAAAUGUGAUACUAGUGCCUCCUAGUAGUAAAAAAUUGAUUACUCCUCCUAAGAGAACCCAGCCUUCAACCAGUACAAAAGAAAUGGGACAAGGAGAUGGUGUUCAUAACUGUCCACUGAUGUCACCACCCAAGAAAAUGAAGUUGGGGUUGGAAGAUGGCAAAGAAGUGGUAGAAGGUGAAAGUGAAGCUGAAGUUCCCGAAGUUACACAACUUAAGUAUGUCACAGCUGAGGGAAGUGUUGAGUUUCACAGACCCAGUAUUAAAAAACUACAGACGGAAACUAGAUGGAGGCGACCAAUUAAAUUGCAUUUAGGGUACACAACCAGUAGCUUUAAAGACUGUACUAUUUAUUUAAUAAUUUAUGAAGGGAAUCUCAAAUGUCGCCGAAAUUUGUAUAAAGAAUUUUGUGGAAGUGACACCAGCACAGAAGCCUCAGUUUAAGUUGUGCAAUGAAUUUUCUGUUACUUUUGUUUGUUUUGUGUUUGUUUUUUUUUUUUUUUAAAUUUGGAUCUGUGCACUUAACAAGUGCAGAUUGUUAUUAAGUUCUUAAAUCUCAGAAAUAUUUACACAAUCAUGUUUCAAAGAACAUAUAAAAUAUAAACUGAAACUUUUGUACUAUAUUGCCAAAUGACAUGUCCAGAAAAGUUAGCUUAGUUAUUAUUUUUUUACAGAAUG